AUGUUCCUUCAAGAUAUGAAUGUUCCUCCGUUUCCCUUGCAACUGCAGCUGCUAGGAGGAUCACCAAUCUUGACGCAGCCCGCACCGAUCUUUCUACGAAACGUAGAUUCCGUGAAAGAUGAAAGGAUACCGACUUUCGGUCAGGCAAAUAAUCGUUAUCUACCUACCAUGAAUGGCUUUUUACUGCGGUUUACGGAUGCCUGGAUAAUCGUGUCCAUGCCUAAUGCUACAAAUGAGAAGAUGAAUUCAAAUGGAUGGUUAUGUCAACCAAACCCUCCAUUGUUACACGGUGCCACUACAGAACUAGCUAAUCGGUCGCUUUGGCAACAAUUUCACAAGCACAACACAGAAAUGAUCAUCACGAAAAGUGGUCGACGUAUGUUCCCAUCCGUCCAAAUAAAUAUAGAUGGUUUACAAAAGCGUGAAGUUUAUCAUGUCUUCUUGGAGAUCGUACUAGCUUCUAAUCAACGACACAAGUACUGCGGCUAUGAGAACGGAAACAAAAAUGUCAAUGUAGGUGGCUGGAGCUUCGCGGGACCAGCAGAUCCGCAGCAUCACUUAAACCGUAGGCUGUAUCAGCAUCCGGACAGUCCCGCGACUGGCGACCACUGGAUGGACAAUUCGAUCAAUUUUAAUAAAUUAAAACUAACGAACAACGUCAAUGAUAAGAGUAACGUAAUAUUAACUUCAAUGCACAAGUACGUCCCUAAAAUUUGGAUAAUCCGUUGCGCCAAUGCGACGAGUUACAGUGAGCUUUUCUCUCAUCCAGCCGCGUCGUUCAUUUUUAAGGAAACGGAAUUUAUUGCAGUAACAGCAUAUCAAAACGAGAACAUCACGAAACUGAAGAUUGACAACAACCCAUUUGCAAAAGGUUUUCGCGAAACGGGACAGUCAAGGUUCAAGCGCAAAUAUCAGCAGACCGAUCAGCAUGAGUCCCAAUUGAGUUCCAUUCACACAGACGAUGGGAAAGGCAGCUCUCCUUUCUCCGAUUCUGAUUCGAAUCAUAUUUUGAGUGAAGGAUGUUGUCCGAUGGGUGGUGUGCAGCGUUUAAAAGAAGACGUACCGAUAUGUCCACGACGUAUUAAUGGAAGUGAUAGGGACGGAAGUAAUGACGCACGCAAUGAUGCUAGAUCAAUCGCCGCGAACCCACUCGAACCGACCAUCGCGAGCCCAAGAGUAGCAUUGAAUGUCGAAAACGAGAUGGUGCAUUUUCACAGGCCCUGGUUGAACCCACCACUACGUAGUCAAACGAUAUCGCCGUUGCACUAUAAUCGACCUCUGCAAUAUCAAUACGGUAAUACAUGGUAUAUGGACAAUGUACAAAACUAUAUGACACUUCAUGACUCCCGUCAGUUCCAGUUCAGUAAUUGUUACUGUCGUUAUAUAGUAAAUAUGUUCGGAGAACACACUAUCAACACUCUUAGGUCAUUCUGUCCUUGUACGAUUACUAAAUGA